CGUGAAAUCGCCGCGCGCGGAGGAACAAUGAGCUCUUCGGGGCUUGUUUGCAAGAGAUCUCGUACAAUGUCUGACCCAAUGCUCAUCUCACUCAUCGCCUUAUCCACAUUAUUCAUCGGCUCGUCAGCGUUCCAGCCAUCACCCCUCAGGCGGACUCAUCCGCCACCCAGGAGGCAUCCGCAGCACCCGCAGCCAACGCAAGAGCGGCCCCGUCACCAUGUGUUCCAGCCAGUGCGGUUCGAGGCGACGCGCGAGGACCGGGCGGCAGAUGCUGUUGGCUUCGUCGGUGAGGAUGCAGCGAGGUUCGACCUGGAGGAGCAGAGCCUUAAGAGCUGGGGGAUCUUCUCUGUUCUGCUCGUCACUGUGCUCGGUCGGUGACAAACAGUAGACCCAUCUGGACGGCUGUGGUCCUGUCUGUGCCUGAUCUCUCACUGGUGGCUGUCUGUGUGUCUGUCUGUCUGUAUGUCUGUCUGCAGGUGCGUUGUAUGUGUCAUGGAUCAGCCCAGAGACCGGCUUCGGCAAGGACUACCUCCGGCUGCUGGAAAGCACCUCUGACUCACCAGAGGUACUCAGGACAAAGCAAAUGAGUGUCCGUCCAUCCACACACACCCCAAGCAGCUGAUUGUCGUUUGUUUGUUUCUUGGUGGUGGUGGUGCACUGCAGGUGGUCAUGACGGAGCUGAUGGGCAUAUUUGCAGUGGCCCACAGCGGCCUGGCGUCACUGCGGCCACGGAUGGAGGGUAUCAUAGGUGCUCGUGCCUGGCGCGUCGUCUUUGCCCUGAUGUCGCUGCCACUGGCCUUCUCUGCCAUUGCCUACUUCAUCAAUCAUCGGUACACUCAGCCAGCCAGCCAGCCAGCCAGCCGCCCGCCCGGGGGCGGGGCGGGGCGGGGCGUGUGCAAUCAAUCGGUCCAUGUGGGUGUGGUGUGUGUGCAGCUAUGAUGGCGUGCAGCUGUGGGACCUGAGGAACGUGCCAGGUGCGGUUUGCGCUGCGUCGACGCACACGCACACAACGAGGAAGUUUGCUGUGUGUGUUUAUGAUAUGAUGCAGGUGUGCAUGAGGUGGUGUGGGGUCUCUCCCUGGUGUCGUUUUUCUUCCUCUACCCUUCCACCUUCAACCUGCUCGAGGUCGCUGCAGUCGACAAGCCUCAGCUGCACCUGUGGGAGAGCGGCGUGAUGCGGAUCACUCGGCACCCUCAGAUGGUGGGGCAGGGCCUCUGGUGCCUCGCACACACACUCUGGAUCGGAAACAGGUGAGUGAGUCCUUCCGUCCGUCCGCCUGAGCAUCUCAUCUCCCUCCGCCUCUCGUGUGUGUGCAGCUUCACCUUGUGGACGUCUGUGUUGCUGAUGGCCCAUCAUUUGUUCGGUGUGUGGCACGGCGACCAGAGGCUGAGGGCCAAGUACGGCGAGGCGUUCGACCAGGUGCAGCGGCGCACCUCAGUGGUGCCCUUCGCAGCCGUCAUCGACGGCCGGCAGCGACUACCAGACGACUACUGGUGCGACCGACGGGCUUGCACGACGCACACCCGGAUGCCGUCAAUAACUGCGGUGCUUGGCUUGACGCAGGAAGGAGUUCGUUCGCCUGCCGUAUGCGGUUGUGCUGGCCGCCACGCUGGGCGCAUACUGGGCCCACCCCUUCAUGCAAGUAGGUGCCUGCCUGCCUGCCUGCCUGCAUGAGAGGGCAACCUGCCACGGGCCUUCAGCUGCACUGCGUUCUUGUCCUUCUCAUGUCUGUGCAGGCUUACUCGUGGCAGAGUCAGGGACGGCCAUGACAGUGACCGUCAACAGAUCCAUCCGCUGUCAGUGUGUGAGUCCAUGCGCGCUGCAGUUGUCUGCCAAUGCAGCUAGCUAGCCACAACCUAAGUGUCGAUAAUUGAUAGGCAUUGUGUGCCCCAUGAAUCAAUGGCUUAGAGAAAG